UCUCUCUUCUCCAACUCAAUAUUCAUUAACAACACACAAUACUGCAAGCGCAAUUAAGAACCCGAGUUUCAGAUUUUUUUAGUCUUCUUUCUCUUUGAAGGUUGAGACGAAGCACAGAGAUGGCGACAAAGGAAGGCAAAGCCAUAGGCAUAGACCUUGGCACCACAUACAGCUGCGUCGGCGUGUGGCAAAACGACCGCGUUGAGAUCAUUCCAAAUGACCAAGGCAACAGAACCACCCCCUCCUACGUUGCCUUCACCGACACAGAGAGGCUGAUCGGCGAUGCGGCGAAGAAUCAAGUGGCCAUGAAUCCACAGAACACCGUUUUCGACGCCAAGCGUUUGAUCGGUAGGAAACUCUCCGACCCAUCGGUUCAGAACGACAUGAAGUUAUGGCCGUUUAAGGUUGUAGCAGGCCCUGGCGACAAACCAAUGAUCGUGGUGAAUUACAAGGGCGAGGAGAAAAAAUUCUCAGCUGAAGAGAUAUCUUCGAUGGUGUUGACGAAGAUGAGGGAGGUAGCAGAAGCGUUUCUGGGUCAUCCAGUGAAGAACGCUGUGAUCACUGUCCCUGCUUAUUUCAACGAUUCUCAGAGGCAAGCCACUAAGGAUGCAGGGGCUAUUUCUGGUAUGAACGUGUUGAGAAUCAUUAACGAACCCACUGCUGCUGCUAUUGCUUAUGGUUUGGACAAGAAGGCUUCGAGAAAAGGUGAGCAGAACGUGCUUAUUUUCGAUUUGGGUGGUGGCACUUUUGAUGUUUCUAUUUUGACCAUUGAGGAAGGGAUUUUUGAGGUGAAGGCCACUGCUGGUGAUACUCAUCUUGGUGGUGAAGAUUUUGAUAAUAGGAUGGUGAAUCAUUUUGUGUCCGAGUUCAGGAGGAAGAACAAGAAGGAUAUUAGUGGGAAUGCUAGAGCUCUGAGAAGGUUGAGGACAGCGUGUGAGAGGGCUAAGAGGACUUUGUCUUCCACUGCUCAAACAACCAUUGAAAUCGAUUCCUUAUAUGAAGGGAUUGAUUUCUAUGCUACAAUCACCAGGGCUAGGUUUGAGGAACUGAACAUGGAUUUGUUCAGGAAGUGCAUGGAGCCUGUGGAGAAGUGUCUGCGUGAUGCAAAGAUUGAUAAGAGUCAGGUUCAUGAGGUUGUUCUUGUUGGAGGGUCAACUAGAAUUCCAAAGGUUCAGCAACUCUUGCAGGAUUUCUUCAACGGGAAAGAGCUCUGCAAGAGUAUUAACCCUGAUGAAGCUGUUGCAUAUGGUGCAGCUGUUCAAGCUGCGAUCUUGAGCGGUGAAGGAGACGAGAAGGUUCAGGAUCUGUUGUUGCUUGAUGUCACGCCGCUUAGUCUUGGACUCGAAACUGCUGGUGGUGUCAUGACUGUGUUGAUUCCAAGGAACACUACAAUUCCAACGAAGAAGGAGCAGAUUUUCUCCACAUAUUCUGAUAAUCAACCAGGUGUUUUGAUCCAAGUGUAUGAGGGAGAACGAGCUCGAACAAAGGAUAACAACCUUCUCGGCAAGUUUGAGCUGAGUGGCAUCCCUCCAGCCCCGAGAGGAGUGCCUCAAAUCAAUGUAUGCUUUGAUAUUGAUGCUAAUGGCAUUUUGAAUGUGUCAGCUGAAGAUAAGACUGCUGGGGUGAAGAACAAGAUCACAAUCACUAAUGACAAAGGAAGGUUGAGCAAAGAGGAUAUCGAGAAGAUGGUUAAGGAUGCUGAGAGGUACAAGGCAGAGGAUGAGGAGGUGAAGAAGAAAGUGGAAGCCAAGAACUCACUUGAGAAUUACGCGUACAACAUGAGGAACACGAUUAAGGAUGAGAAGAUUGGUGGGAAGUUGAGCCCUGACGAGAAGGAGAAGAUUGAGAAGGCAGUUGAAGAUGCCAUACAGUGGUUGGAAGGAAACCAAUUGGCUGAAGUGGAAGAGUUUGAGGACAAGCAGAAGGAGUUGGAAGGUAUAUGCAAUCCCGUCAUUGCCAAGAUGUAUCAGGGUGGUGGUGCUGGUGGAGGAGAUGUGCCAAUGGGUGAUGACAUGCCUGGUGGUGGGUCUGCUGGGUCGGGUUCUGGACCUGGACCCAAGAUCGAAGAAGUUGAUUGAGGCAUGUGAACAUGUUGGAAACUUGGUUAUGGUGUGAAGGUCUUGGUUGGUUGUACUUGUAGUGGCUGUCAUAGUACUUUUGACAGUUUUAUUACUUAUGUAGUGUAUUACAGGAUGUGAGUUUAUGUAAUGUGAGGUUUGAUGAAUCAUGAAUAAAGUUUUAAAAGUUUUUUUGCUUUGAA